UGCACACUUUGAAAAAGACAGCGCUGGGAUAUAUGCAUGUUUACAGUUUGGAGCUACUGCACAGAUUUUUCCUACUGGAACUCCUUUUGACUCAGUGCUGGGAUUUCUUCAGAGACUUUUAUUGCAGGAAUUGGGAAACGGUUAGCUUUCAUAAAAAGUUACAUUAAGGACCCACAAGGAACCAGAAACGUUUUAUUGGUACCAGCUUCAUACAACACAAAUUACACGUUGUCACCGUCAGGAUGAGGUUCCUGGCCCUUGGCUUCUUCUGCCUGUUGUGCUGUAAUGCAGUUCAGCUGGACAGACGCCGUCCCAGACCCAUCAGAGCCAGGAGGCAAAAUGAGACUUCUGUCCAAAUCAAAGCAGGGGAGAACCCCUGCAAAGCCGUCCCGCUGGAUUUCUACUUUGUCAUCGACAGCUCCAGAAGCAUCCGUCCCAAUGACUACGAGAAGGUCAAGACCUUCAUCAUCAACCUGAUUCAGUUCCUCAAGAUUGGCCCUGAUGCCACACGGGUCGGUCUGCUCCAGUACGGCAGCGUGGUCCAGCCUGAGUUCUCCCUCAAGACCUACAACAAUAAGGCUGAGGUGGAGCAGGCGGUGAGGAACAUGGAGCACCUCGCCACAGGGACCAUGACCGGUCUGGCCAUCCAGUACACCAUGGAGACUGCCUUCACAGAGGAGGAGGGAGCACGGCCAGCGAACCUGCACAUCCCACGAAUCGCUAUGAUUGUGACUGAUGGGAGGCCUCAGGACACGGUGGAGGAGGUAGCAGCUCAGGCGAGGCAGGCUGGCAUCCAGAUCUUUGCUAUCGGAGUGGGCCGGGUGGAUAUGAACACCCUGAAGGCCAUAGGCAGCGAGCCGCACUCGGAGCAUGUGCACCUGGUGGCCAACUUCAGCCAGAUAGAAACCCUCAUCUCCGUGUUCCAGUCUAAACUGUGUGGAGGUUCAGAGAUGUGUGAGGUUGUGGACCAUCAGUGCCAACAUAUCUGUGUGAGCAGCCCUGCUUCGUACAGGUGCAAGUGUAGGAAAGGCUUCACCCUCAACCCUGAUGGCAAGACAUGUAAAGCUGAGGAUAUGUGUGCUGAGGUGGAUCAUGGCUGUCAGCACAUCUGCGCCAACCUGCAUGACGGCUAUGAGUGUCGCUGCCGGCCGGGGUAUCAACUCACCAUAGACCUGAAGACGUGCAACAAAAUAGACUUCUGUGACCUGGGGAACCACGGCUGUGAGCACGACUGUGUCAGCGUUCCAGAGUCCUACAUCUGCAGGUGUAAGAAGGGCUACGUCCUCAACCUGGAUGGCAAGACCUGCAGCAAGAUUGAUCACUGUGCUGAUGGCACCCAUGGGUGUGAACAGGAGUUUAUAAAUACAGAAGACUCCUGUGUGUGUAAAUGCAGACAGGGCUUCACACUUAGACCUGAUGGGAAAACUUGUAAGAAGAUUGAUCACUGUGCUGAUGGCACCCAUGGGUGUGAACAGGAGUUUAUUAAUACAGAAGACUCCUGUGUGUGCAAAUGCAGAAAAGGCUUCACACUCAGACCUGAUGGGAAAACUUGCAAGAAGAUUGAUCACUGUGCUGAUGGCACCCAUGGGUGUGAACAGGAGUUUAUGAAUACAGAAGACUCCUGUGUGUGUAAAUGCAGAAAAAGCUUCACACUCAGACCUGAUGGGAAAACUUGCAAGAAGACUGAUCACUGUGCUGAUGGGAAUCAUGGCUGUGAGCAGGACUUCAUGAGCACAGCAGAUUCAUGUGUGUGUAAAUGCAGAGAAGGAUACACACUGCGACCUGAUGGCAAAACAUGUCAGCGUCUGGAUCUGUGUCAGACUGUGGACCACCGCUGUGAGCAUCAGUGUGUCAGCACCGCUGACUCCUACAUCUGCAGAUGUUUUGAAGGAUUUAUGUUGGCUGAAGAUGGGGAGAGCUGCAAAAAACCAGAGUGUGGCGAUGGAGUCAUGGAUCUGGUUUUUGUGAUCGACGGCUCUAAGAGUCUGGGGCCUGCCAACUUUGAGCUGGUCAAACAGUUCGUAAAUGGCAUCGUGGACUCGCUGGACAUUUCCAAGAAAGGAACGCACGUUGGCCUUCUUCAGUAUUCCACCAAGGUCCGCACAGAGUUCACCCUGGGCCAGUACACUACAGCGCAGGGGGUCAAACAGGCCGUGAGCCGGAUGCAGUACAUGGGGAGAGGCUCUAUGACCGGAUCAGCCUUACGUCACAUGUUUGAGUUCAGCUUCUCAGCCAAAGAAGGCGCCAGGCCGAACAUCCCACGUGUCAGCGUUGUGUUCACUGACGGAAGAUCACAGGACGAUGUUUCUGAAUGGGCAACUAAAGCAAAGAACUCUGGGAUCACCAUGUACGUCUUGGGUAUUGGCAAAGCCAUCGAACAGGAGCUGAGAGAAAUAGCCUCAGAGCCUGAUGAGAAGCAUCUUUAUUAUGCUGAGGACUUUGAAAAAAUGGGAGAAAUUACAAAGAAGCUCAAGUCCAGGAUAUGUACAGACAAACCAUCUGAUGUCAACAUGUGUCAGUGUGAGAACGUGAUGAUGUUUCAACACCAGGUCACUGAGAAGCUGAAGAGCCUGGUGCAGAAUAUUGAAGCCAUGUCAAAGAAGCUGGAGACACUCGAGAGUCAACUUGUGCAUGAGACUUGUCCGUCUGAGUCCGUCCUCUAACCUGCGGUGAAACCUUCACAGGAUCCCUUUAAUCGUCCGCAACAAACUAUGCAAAUACAAUGCUUUUUACGGAAGCUAUUUAUACACUUUUGUAUCUAAGACAAUGUAUUCAGUGUCUUUUUGUCUGUAAUGUUCUUUGUUAUGUAAUGCAAAGUCAAAUAAAUACAUUUUUGAAC